AUGAGUGCGCCGCUCUUCCUGCGGUCGGCGCUGGGAGCGUGUCGAGCGGCUCCCGGCGCCCACUCAGGGAGAUCCCUUCUUUCUAUUAAACCUCCAGUGACUCAGCUUCAACUGCCGUAUCUGGCAAGUCAGCGCAACCGCGAAACGUCCUCUCUUUUGAGCUGGCUCACAAUUGCCAAAAGGCACGCGAGCAGCUCAUCUGCUCCUUCGCCGGUUCCCGUCGUCCCCUACUCUGCUCUCACCGUCGGCGUGCCUCGAGAGACGUACCCGCACGAACGUCGCGUCGCGCUUACUCCUCAGAAUGUCGCUCUGCUGCGCAAGAAGGGUUUCUCGCGCGUUCUGGUUGAGCGUGGAGCUGGCGAGGAAGCCCAGUUGCUUGAUAACGCGUACGAAGCGGCUGGAGCGACCUUGGUCGAAUCAUCCGCUAUCUGGUCCGAAAGUGAUAUCGUCUUGAAAGUCCGCAGUCCACGACAGGAUGGCCCGGUCAACGAAGUCAAUGCGCUCCGUCAAGGAACUACCGUCGUCUCGUUUUUGUAUCCCGCUCAGAAUAAGCCGCUAGUGGAAACCCUUGCGUCGCGUGGUGUCACCGCGUUUGCGAUGGAUAUGGUACCGCGGAUCUCCCGUGCCCAGACAUUUGAUGCGUUGAGGCAGUUACUAAUUUUGGUUUUAUGCAGCUCCAUGGCCAACAUUGCCGGAUACAAAGCUGUUCUAGAAGCCUCGAACCAUUUUGGCCGUUUUCUGACGGGCCAAGUAACUGCUGCUGGCAAGAUACCCCCCAGUAAAGUCUUAGUUAUUGGAGCUGGUGUAGCCGGUCUGAGUGCCAUUGCUUCGGCUCGUCGACUAGGCGCGAUCGUUCGUGGCUUUGAUACCCGUCCCGCAGUUCGUGAGCAAGUCCAGUCUUUAGGCGCCGAAUUCAUCGAAGUAGACAUGCAGGAAGAUGGUUCUGGACAGGGUGGAUAUGCCAAGGAAAUGUCCAAGGAAUUCAUCGAAGCGGAAAUGAAGCUUUUUAUGGAACAAGCCCGUGAGGUGGACAUCAUCAUCACUACCGCACUGAUUCCAGGCAAGCCUGCCCCGAAGCUUAUCACCAAAGAGAUGAUUGCUGCCAUGAAACCUGGAUCUGUUGUCGUCGACCUUGCAGCAGAAGCCGGUGGCAACUGCGAAGCGACCAUCCCCGGACAAUUGACAACCUACAAAGAUGUAACCGUCAUUGGAUACACCGAUUUUCCGUCCCGUCUACCCACUCAGUCCUCUACUCUAUACUCCAACAACGUCACCAAGUAUCUUCUGUCAAUGGCACCACAGGAAAAGUCAUUUGGCAUUGAUCUUAACGACGAAGUGGUACGCGGCUCUAUCGUCACGCUUAAUGGUGAAAUACUGCCUCCGGCACCUCGUUCAGCCCCUCCCCCUGCGCCGAAAAUAGAAGCAGCUCCGGCGAAGGAACAAGCGGUAGCCCUGACUCCUUGGCAAAAAGCGACACGAGAUGUGACGACAGUGACAGCUAGCUUGGGCUCCGCCCUUGCUCUAGGCAAAGCGACAGGUCCUGUGUUUAUGAGCAACAUGAUGGCAUUCGGUCUUGCUGGUCUCGUUGGCUACCGUGCUGUGUGGGGAGUUGCGCCGGCGCUUCAUUCCCCUCUGAUGAGCGUCACCAAUGCGAUCUCGGGUAUGGUCGGUAUCGGCGGUUUCUUCAUCAUGGGUGGCGGAUAUGUUCCCACCACGAUUCCAGAGUAUCUUGGAGCAGCGUCGGUGCUGCUGGCAUUUAUGAAUGUAUCGGGAGGGUUCGUUGUGACGAAGCGCAUGUUGGACAUGUUCAAACGCCCAACCGAUCCCCCUGAAUACCCCUGGCUUUAUGCGAUACCCGCCGUGGUUUUCGGUGGAGGCUUCCUCGCCGCUGCUAGUACCGGAAUGGCUGGUCUAGUACAGGCCGGGUAUCUCGUCAGUAGUUUGCUGUGCAUGGGCUCUAUUUCCGGUCUUGCGUCGCAGCAGACCGCCCGACGAGGGAACAUCCUCGGUAUUCUGGGUGUAGCAUCUGGAAUUCUGGCUUCUCUUGCGGCAGCAGGUUUUUCGCCCGAGACCUUAACUCAAUUUGGUGCCGUUGCUGGGCUGGGCUCACUUGUUGGAGCAUUGAUCGGACGCCGCAUCACACCAACCGGGCUCCCUCAGACUGUCGCGGCCCUCCACUCGGUAGUCGGAUUGGCUGCUGUUCUUACAAGCAUCGGCAGUGUCCUGGCUGAUAUCGGUCACAUUUCAACGCUACACCUGGUGACAGCCUACUUUGGUGUUCUAAUCGGUGGCGUUACUUUCACUGGCUCGAUUGUGGCUUUCAUGAAACUGGCAGGUCGGAUGUCGUCGCGGCCAACUAUCCUCCCCGGUCGACACUUGAUCAAUUCGACCUUACUCGGCAGCAAUAUAGCCACCAUGGGUGCUUUUGUUACCAUGGCACCGGCGUCUCCAGCCAUUGCAGCUACGUGCUUGGGAGCGAACACAGCGCUCAGUUUUCUGAAGGGUUAUACUACGACAGCUGCUAUUGGCGGAGCUGACAUGCCUGUUGUAAUCACGGUUCUCAAUGCGUACUCGGGGUUUGCCCUGGUCGCUGAAGGACUCAUGCUCAACAACCCCCUCCUGACGAGUGUCGGUUCUUUGAUUGGAGUUAGCGGUUCCAUUCUGUCGUAUAUCAUGUGUGUCGCCAUGAACCGAUCCAUCACCAAUGUUCUGUUCGGUGGAAUUGCAGCACCGCAGCAAGCAAAGAAGAUCGAGGGUGAAGUCACGCAGGCUACUGUUGAUGAUACUGUCGAAGUGCUUUCGAACGCGGAGAACGUCGUCAUUGUUGUCGGAUACGGCAUGGCAGUAGCCAAAGCGCAGUACGCUCUCGCCGAGAUAGUACACAUGCUGCGCGCCAAGGGCAUUAACGUCCGUUUUGCUAUCCACCCGGUUGCCGGACGAAUGCCGGGACAGUGCAAUGUGCUGCUCGCGGAGGCGUCGGUUCCUUAUGACAUUGUUUUGGAAAUGGACGAGAUUAACGACGACUUUUCCGACACGGACGUGACCUUGGUAAUUGGCGCCAACGACACCGUCAACCCCAUCGCCUUGGAGCCGGACUCGCCUAUCUCAGGCAUGCCCGUGCUGCAGGCAUGGAAGAGCAAGGAGGUAAUCGUGAUGAAGCGGGGAAUGUCCAGCGGAUAUGCCGACGUACCGAACCCGAUGUUCUACAUGCCCGGAACAAAGAUGUUGUUUGGCGAUGCGAAGACCUCAUGCGAUGCCAUCAAAGCGAGUCUCGAAGCGCGUACAUAG